AUGGCCAAGCCCCUAAGCAUGAUCAAACUACUUGUGCAGUUGCCUUUGAUUUUCUUGCUCGUGCCUUGCUUAUGUUGUCCUGCUUAUCAGAAACAAUUCCUUCUUCACUUCAAAUCCUCCUUGCUGACCAGCUACGACACCUCAAACUCGUCGGUCUUUGGCUUGGAGUCAUGGGACUCCAUUUCUGACUGUUGUAAGUGGACUAGAGUUGUUUGCAGUUCUCAUUCUCGGGACAUAACAGCUCUAUACCUUGGCGAUCUCUAUAUCCAUAAUGAAUACAACGCGGUGAAUGUACAGAUAUUGGACCCCAUUUAUGGCAUUAGAUCCUUAAGGUUUCUUAAUGUCUCCAACACUUAUAUACAAGGCGAAAUUUCUGGUGAAGGGUUGGCUAAUCUCACAAAACUAAUUCACCUCGACAUGAGUCGGAAUCUUCUUAAUGGCUCAAUCCCACCACAACUCUUCCAGUUGUGGUUUCUGCAGAGUCUUGAUUUGAGUGACAACUCAUUAAAGGAUGGUUUAAGUAGAGAAAUUGGCAAGCUUGAAAAUUUAAGGUCAUUGAAGUUGGAUCGGAAUUCUAUUGAUGGUAAUAUCCCUGUUCAGAUAGGAAAUCUCACCAGAUUGCAGCAAUUUUCUGUCAGCCAGAACAAAUUUUUGGGUCCGAUUCCAGAGUCAAUUCUCAAUUUGAAAGGAUUGGAAAUAUUGGACGUGAGUUAUAAUCAUUUAGAGAUGCCUAUUCCGGAUUGGAUUGGAACCUUGUUCCACAUUUCCAUUUUGAAAUUGAGUGGGAACAGUUUCACAGGAUUAAUCCCACCAUCAAUACGGAACUUGAGCAAAUUGGAAACACUUGAGCUGGAAGAUAACAUGCUUUCAGGAGAAAUUCCAUCCUGGUUGUUUGACAUUGAGAGUUUGAAGAAUUUGUAUCUUGGAGGAAACAAGUUCAUAUGGAAUAACAACGUCAAAAUAGUUCCCAAGUGUAUGCUUUCACAACUCUCUCUCAGAUCAUGUAAAAUUUCUGCAGACAUUCCAGAAUGGAUUUCUACUCAAAAGAAUCUUAAUUUACUCGAACUGAGUGAUAAUCAGCUCACAGGAAACUUUCCACUUUGGAUGGCAGAGAUGAAAAUUGAAACUCUACUACUCUCACGGAACCAACUAACUGGGUCAAUACCCUUUCCCCUUUUUCAGUCUCAAAAUUUAUCCAUAUUGGAUCUUUCAAGGAACAAUUUUUCAGGGGAGUUGCCACAAAAUAUUGGUCAUGCUUUAAAGAUGACGGUACUGAUGCUCUCUAGAAACAAUUUUUCAGGGGCAAUCCCGAAGUCCAUUGGAGAUAUCACUUUUCUAAUGCUACCAGACUUGUCAAGAAACAGACUCUCUGGCAAAACACUCCCGGUUUUCGGAUCUUAUUAUGCCCCAGCAUAUGUUGAUCUCUCCUCUAAUGAACUAUCUGGUGACAUUCCCGUGUCACUUUUUAGUGGAACUAGUUUUCUUGCACUGGGGAAAAAUAAGUUCUCUGGAAGUUUUCCUAGGACCCUCAGUGAGGCUGUAAACCUUGAAUAUCUUGAUCUAGAUGACAACAACAUUACAGGUUAUUUUCCAGAUUAUUUAAUUUCACCAUCAUCCAGCCUUCAGGUUCUGAGUUUACGUAACAACUCACUACAUGGCUCAUUGCCGUCCAACUCUUUCUACAACGGAAGUAGACUCCGAAUUCUUGAUCUCUCAAGUAACAAUCUUGAUGAAAGUAUCCCUUCAGAGUUGGGAAGUCUACCUGGAAUGAGUGGAAUCCCUUCAGCAUUUUUAGUAGGCUAUAGAAUUGGUGAGCUAACGUUGAAUUAUAUCGAGGCCACAGUUUCAUUGUUUAGUGGCAUGCACACCAUUACAAUCGAGAUUAAUGAUUUAACAGUGAACUGGAAGAAUGCUCUGCAAGGUCUCUCAAGUCAUAAUCAACAUAUUUAUACUUUACUAGACUUGUCCAACAAUAAGUUUUCAGGUGAUGUUCCAGAUUCAUUAGGAAAUCUCAAAGGACUGAAGCUACUCAACCUCUCCUACAAUAAACUCUCAGGAUAUAUACCACAAAGUUUUGGAGAUCUACAAAGUAUAGAGGCUCUUGACUUAUCUAACAACAAUAUCUCUGGUACAAUUCCACAAUCAUUUAGGAAGUUAGAUCAACUAUCCGUGUUAGAUGUGAGUAACAACAAGCUAAGUGGUGAAAUCCCGCGGGGUGGACAAAUGGACAGGAUGAAUGAUCCGAGUUAUUUCGCUAACAACAGUGGACUAUGUGGCAUGCAGAUCAGGGUGAAAUGUCCAAAAGAUGAGCCAACACCAAAUGAUGGCCAAGAAGAAGAUGAUGAUGAAAAAGAGGCAUGGUUCUUGUGGGCAGGAGUGUGGAUUGGAUUCCCACUAGGCUUGAUUUCGUCGGUCUCAUUUGUCAAGUACCUUGUCUUUCACGGCAAUGAGUCACUUGGUGAGCUGAUGAAAUGUUCUUGGAAACAAUCCCUUCUGCACUUCAAGUCCUCCUUGCUCAAUGCCACCUCUGAAUAUUCGUUUUUGGGCGUGUUUGAUGGCUUGCAGUCUUGGAACUCCACUUCUGAUUGUUGUACUUGGAGUAGAGUUGUUUGCGGUUCUCAUUCACGUAGCAUAAUAGCUCUACACCUUGACGAUCUCCCUGCUCCGUAUCCACCCUCUGAUAUUAUACAUUCCAAAAUCUUAGAACCCAUUUUUGGCAUUAGAUCCUUGUUGCUUCUUAAUAUCUCCUAUAAUUUGAUUGAGGGGGAAAUUUCAGGCGAAGGAUUGGCUAAUCUUACCAAACUAGUCCACCUUGACAUGCGUUUGAAUUUAUUUAACGGCACAAUUCCAGCACAACUUUUCCAGUUGAAGUUUCUGCAGUUUCUUGAUUUGAGUAAAAAUUCAUUGAAGGGUGGUUUAAGUGAAGUUGGCAAACUUGGAAAUUUGAGGACGCUGAAGCUGGAAAAGAAUUUGCUUGAUGGAUAUAUUCCUGAGCACAUUGGAAAUCUCACAAGGUUGCAGCAGUUUUCUAUCAAUUACAACAAAUUUGCAGGUCAGAUUCCAAAUUCAAUUGGGAAAUUGAAGGAAUUGGAAAAAGUAGAUUUGAGCAGGAACAGUUUCACUGGUGUAAUCCCACCACCAAUGCGUAAUUUGAGCAAAUUAAAAACACUUCUCUUGGAAGAUAAUAUGCUUUCCGGAGAAAUUCCUUAUGGUGUAUUUGAAAUAGAGAGUCUCAAGAAUUUGAAUCUUGGAGGAAACAAAUUAGUUUGGAAUAACAAUGUCAAAAUAGCUCCCAAGUGUAUGCUUUCUCAACUCUCUCUCAAAUCAUGUAAAAUUUUUGCAGACAUUCCGGAAUGGAUUUCCACUCAAAAGAAUCUUGAUAUUCUUGAUCUGAGCAACAGUGGUCUUACUGGAAAAUUCCCUCUCUGGCUUGCUGAAAUGGAUAUUAAAAGCAUACUCAUGUCCCGCAACAAGCUAACUGGUUCAAUACCAUCUCGCCUUUUUCAAUCUUCGAGUUUAUCGAUUUUGGCUCUUUCAAAAAACAAUUUUUCAGGAGAGUUGCCAGAAAAUAUAGGUGAUGCUCAUAACAUCAAGGUACUUAUGCUGUCUGCCACCAAUUUUUCAGGGGCCAUCCCAAAAUCCAUUGCGGAUAUCCCUAAACUAGUUCUAUUAGACUUGUCAAGAAACAAAUUCUCUGGCAACACAUUCCCAGUUUUUGAUCCUAAUGGCUCACUUUAUUAUGGCGAUUUCUCCUCAAAUGAACUUUCAGGUGAAAUUCCAGUGUCAUUUUGCAAAGACACUGGUAUUCUUGCACUAGGGGAAAAUAAGUUUUCUGGCAGGCUGCCUAGGGGUCUAACAAAUAUGAAUGAGCUUGAAUAUCUUGAUCUCCAUGACAACAACAUCACAGGUAAUUUGCCAGAAUUUCUUUCCCAACUAUCCAGCCUUGAAGUUCUUAGUGUACGUAACAACUCUCUACAUGGCUCACUACCAUCCAAGUUGUUCUCCAACGAAAGUAGCCUCCAAAUUCUUGAUCUCUCAAGCAACAAUCUUGUUGGAAGUAUCCCUUCGGAGUUAGGAAAUCUAAAGGUAAUGAGUGGAGGUUAUAUUGAUUUUAUAGCUCGCCAGUAUAUUAAGAAUGAGAUGGAGUUGAAUUGGGUUGAAAAUACGAUUGCACCAAUCAGUGGCAUGUUCACCUUUACAAUGGAGAUCAAUGGCCUUAUGGUGAACUGGAAGAAGGCUAUACAAGGUCUCUCAGGUAAUAAGCGACAUAUCUACACUUUGCUAGACUUGUCAAAUAAUAAGUUAUCAGGUGAUAUUCCGGUCUCCUUGGGACUUCUUGUGGGACUGAAGCUACUCAACAUAUCCAACAACAGGCUCUCGGGAAAUAUACCACAAAGUUUUGGGGAUCUGGAGAGUAUACAGGCUCUUGACUUAUCUAACAACAAUAUCUCUGGUACAAUUCCACAAUCAUUUAAGAAAUUAAAUGAACUGUCUGUGGUAGAUGUGAGUAACAACAAGUUAAGUGGAAUAAUCCCGUGGGGUGGACAAAUGGACACGAUGAAUGAUCCAAGUUAUUUUGCUAACAACAGUGGAUUAUGCGGCAUGCAAAUCAGAGUGACAUGUUCAGAAGAUGAGCUAAAACCAGAGGCACGCGUAGAGGGUGAUGAUGGUGAACAAGAAUCGUGGUUCUUGUGGGGAGGAGUGUGGAUCGGAUAUCCACUUGGUUUCAUUUCUUCAAUCUUGAUAGCAUUUUUUAGUAGGUACUUUGUUAUACCAACACAGAAGUACCACUCAAUCCACUAUAGGUACAGAUAA